AUGCGGGAGCAGCUGCUGUUGUUUUGCAACUGGAGCACGCUGGGCGUGUGCGCCGCGCUCAAGCUGCCGCAGAUCUCCGCGGUGCUGGCGGCGCGCAGCGCGCGGGGCAUCAGCCUCCCAAGUUUACUUCUGGAGCUGGCGGGUUUCCUGGUGUUUCUCCGGUACCAGUGUUACUAUGAGUACCCACUGCUCACCUACCUGGAGUACCCCGUUCUCAUCGCACAAGAUGCCCUCCUCCUGCUGUGCGUCUUCCAUUUCAAUGGGAACGUGAAAGGGGCAGCACCCUACCUCGCUGUAUUCGUGGCCUCGUGGUUCGUCCUUCCCCUACAGAAGUGGAUCAUAGAUCUGGCCAUGAAUCUAAGUACUUUCAUCAGCACAGCCAGCAAGUUUGCUCAGCUCCAGUACCUGUGGAAGACCAGGGACUCGGGAGCCGUGAGCGCCCUGACCUGGAGCCUCGCUUCGUACACCUGUGCGACAAGAAUAAUAACAACUUUAAUGACCACGAGUGACCUUACAAUUCUUGUGCGAUUUGUGAUCAUGCUUGCUUUGAACCUGUGGGUAACAGCCACAGUCCGUCACUACAGGAUGACAGUUGUAAAGGCUGAAUGAUGGUGCAUUGCUCCAACACACAAAGCAGUUUCCUAAUAACUGAACCAAAGGGGAAAAUAAGCUCACUGCUAAAUCAAGGUCUUCUAUAAAUUUAGUCAACUGUUUGUUUCAGAAACUUUGAAGCCGGAGCUAUUUUAGACAUGAGCCACUUAGACACUUGUUUAGAAAUGUUAAUUCCCUCCCUCUCCUUGGCCUCAGGAGGUGGGGGCAGGGCUCAGACACCUGCAGGUUGAGCAUCAUGAUGAAGUUCUCU